CCGGUCCGCUGCAUUCGCACGAUAGGGGGCGCGCAUCCGGCGCACUUCGGCCAGCUCGGCACCUUCUGGGGCCUGUGCGGCCCGGUGUGACUGAAAGGAAAAUGGAGCAAGAAGCCUAGCUUGAGGGGUACCCUAACCCCUCUGACGGAGGUCCUGCUGCUUUUGCCGCCAGGAGCCUCUUUCUUCUCCAGACCUAGUACGUUCGAGCGCCCGAGUGGCCUGGGCCUCUCGAGUGGAAUGGUCGCCGAGGCCCAGGGCGUCGGGCUUCCGCGCGUGCCGUGAAGGGAACUGGGGAGCCUCGGGGACCCACCCAGACUCCAGGGGCGGAAAAUCCCGCUCAGUGACCAGCAGCUUGUAGGAACCGAGUGUUGAGUCCGGGCAAGAUUGGGCUGGUUCUCUGGGCAGGUUGACUCAGCUUUUCCUGUUGGGCUGGUCAAGUUCGGACACGUUCUGAGUCUGCAGAAGAAGGAGCUAAGCCCUGACUUGUCUCUAGCUGGGGCUAUUUAAACCAUGCCUUUCGCCAGCUGUAUCCACUUGUUAGAGAUACCUCUGGUCACCGACGUAUAGCACUUGCUUUAUGCUGAACAAGGCAAAUGUGCAAUACCAACAUGUCUGUGUCUACUGAGGGUGCUGUAAGCACCUCACAGAUUCCACCUUCGGAACAAGAGACCCUGGUUAGACCAAAGCCAUUGCUUUUGAAGUUGUUAAGGUCUGUUGGUGCACAGAAAGACACUUACACUAUGAAAGAGGUUAUAUUUUAUCUUGGCCAGUAUAUUAUGACUAAACGAUUAUAUGAUGAAAAACAACAGCAUAUUGUGUAUUGUUCAAAUGAUCUUCUAGGGGAUUUGUUUGGAGUGCCAAGCUUCUCUGUGAAAGAGCACAGGAAAAUAUAUACAAUGAUCUACAGAAACUUGGUAGUAGUCAAUCAGCAGGAACCAUCGGAUUCAGGCACACCUGUGAGUGAAAGAAGGUGUCACCCCGAAGGUGGUAGUGAUCAAAAGGACCUUGUGCAAGAGCUACAGGAAGAGAAACCUUCAUCUUCAGAUUUGGUUUCCAGACCAUCUACCUCAUCUAGAAGGCGAACUGUUAGUGAGACAGAAGAAAAUUCAGAUGAAUUACCUGGUGAACGACAAAGAAAGCGCCACAAAUCUGAUAACAUUUCCCUUUCCUUUGAUGAAAGCCUUGCUCUGUGUGUAAUAAGGGAGAUAUGUUGCGAAAGAAGCAGUAGCAGUGAAUCUACAGGGACUCCAUCGAAUCCGGAUCUUGAUGCUGGUGUAAGUGAACAUUCAGGUGACUGGUUCGAUCAGGAUUCAGUUUCAGAUCAAUUCAGUGUAGAAUUUGAAGUUGAGUCCCUUGAUUCAGAAGAUUAUAGCCUUAGUGAAGAAGGACAAGAACUCUCAGAUGAAGAUGAUGAGGUGUAUCGAGUUACUGUGUAUCAGGCAGGGGAGAGUGAUACAGAUUCAUUUGAAGAAGAUCCUGAAAUUUCCUUAGCUGACUAUUGGAAGUGUACUUCCUGCAGUGAAAUGAAUCCUCCCCUUCCACCUCAUUGCAACAGAUGUUGGGCCCUUCGUGAAAAUUGGCUUCCUGAAGAUAAAGGGAAAGAUAAAGAGAAAAUGCCUGAGAAAGCCAAACAAGAAAACUCAACACAAGUAGAAGAGGGCUUUGAUGUCCCUGACUGUAAGAAAUCUACAGUGAAUGAUUCCAGAGAAUCAUGUGUUGAGGAAAAAGAAGAUAAGAUCACACAAGCCUCCCUGUCCCAAGAAAGUGAGGACUAUUCUCAGCCGUCAACUUCUAAUAGCAUUAUCUAUAGUAGCCAAGAAGAUGUCAAAGAGUUUGAGAGGGAAGAAACACAAGACAAAGAAGAAAGUGUGGAAUCUAGUUUUCCCCUUAAUGCCAUUGAACCAUGUGUGAUUUGCCAAGGUCGACCUAAAAAUGGUUGCAUCGUCCAUGGCAAGACAGGACAUCUUAUGGCUUGCUUUACAUGUGCAAAGAAGCUAAAGAAAAGGAAUAAGCCCUGCCCAGUAUGUAGACAACCAAUUCAAAUGAUUGUGCUAACUUAUUUCCCCUAGUUGAACUAUCUAUAAAAGUAGAAUUAUAUAUUUCUAACUGUAUAACCCUAAAAAUUUAGACAACAUGAAAUUUAUUCCUAUUUUUUUACCUGUAGCAAAACAAGAAAAUAAUAGGCAUGUAGAUUUCAUUAUAGUGUAAUUUACCUACUAUAUGAGAAAGGUGAAUAUUCCUUUUAUGAAAAUGUCCUUUCUGUUAAUAUUUUAUAUUUUGAUUUUAAUAUAGUUUGAAUUGGGUAUACAGUUCAUCCUUUACCCCACUACCCUUCAUAUUUUAAAUAAUUUCCACUUACACGUAUCUCUUACCAUACCAAAGAGACUGGAGGAUGAGAAGUACAUUUUCACUAAUAGCACCAAACAUAACUACCUGUCUUUAUCUAGAAAGAGUAUCUUAAGAGGCUCUGAAAGACCAGAGAAACUAAGGUUUGGAAGUUCUUAAGAGUAUUUAAUUUUUAAGUAUUAACUCUUUCACACAGACUUCCUCCUUACAUGAAAGAUCCUAAAUAAGUUACUUUUAAAUGUCCCACUUACAUAUGCUCUAAAAGAUCAGAAUAGGAAUGUAGAGAUCAGUGAAGUCACAAAGGCUAAUUCAGAAGUGUAACUAACAGAAGUACUAUUUUUAUGCUAGCUGGAAAUGUCAUAAAUACUCUUUAAUUGUCCAAAAAUUAUACAGCACUUGCCUUUAAGAGUGGUGAUGUCAGAAUAUAAAAUUCUAAAAUAAUUCUCAAACUGCAUAGAUUAGCAUCUUGAUUUAUAUUAAAUCUUCAACAGAAUAGUGAGAAUGACAAUUUUGACGUAAGGUCUGUGUUUUUCUCCCAUGUAUGACAGUUGCACCUACUCCAAUGAAGAUAAUAAAAUCAGCUGAACUGUAGGUUUAGAAGUGAGGGAUAAUUGCGCACAGCAAGUUUGUGUACCAGUUACAGAACGUAUUAAACUUUAAAAACAAAUAGCACACAUACACAUAUGACUUACCAUGUAUAGAUAAGUAGGUAAUGGCUGAAGGGAUCAGUACCUUAGCCAGAGUGGUCCUCAAAUACAGCAAAGCUUUAUUAAUUUGGGAUUUAUAAUACUUGAACUAAGUAGAAUUGAUCCUCUCUGAAGAGAGAAAUAAAAUGAGAUUCUAAACACUACGGUCAACCCUUCCUGUUAGUUCUGCAUCCAUGCAUUCAGCCAACCAUGGUUUGGAAGUAUUUUUUUAAAAAACAGAAUUUCAGAAGGUUCCAAAAAGAAAACUCGAAUUUGCUGUGCACUGGCAACUAUUUAUGUAGCGUUUGCAUUGUAUAAGGUAUUACAAGAAAUCUAGAGAUUAAAGUAUAUGAGAGGGUGUGCAUAGGUUGUAUGCAAAUACUAGUACCAUUUUAUACAAGGGCCUUGAAUAUCCACAGAUUUUGGUAUCCUGGGGGUCGGGGGACAUCCUGAAACCAAUCUCCCAUGGAUACUAAGGGACAGCUACAUUUACAUUAUAUUAUGCAGUGAUUAUGCUAUUUACAGAGCAUUGAAAUUGGUGCAAAUAGUCUCAUCCAUCUAGGCAUUACUAAUGUAUUCUUGCUUGUCUAAAUUUUUAGGUGUAGCUUAUUUAUUGAUUUACAAAUAAAAGAUCUAUUCAAUGUUUAA